GGUGGGAGGAGGGUCGGUGGAGCCCGAGCCUCCGGUACGGCCCCGGCCGGUCCUAGCAGGAAGCGCCGCUGCCGCCGCCGCGGAUCACCGAGCGGCCUCCCGCGCAUGCGCCAUGGGGGCCAGGGGCAGCCCUGGGGAUUCCGUUCCCAGAAGGCACUGCGCAGGCUGCUGCCGCUGCCGCCGCCGCCGCCGUCGCUGCCGCAGCCGCCGCCGCAGGAGCCGCCGCCUCCGCCGCUGCCCGGACGGGAGAGGGGCGGGGCCGGGCCCCCGCCCAGCGGACAGCGACGAGCCAACUGGAGGGGCCGCAGUGCGCAUGCGGGAGCGCGCCUACCCCUCCCCCACAACCCCCCAUUAAUCCCCAAGAGAACAAACACCCCACGCGGCCCCCCCGCCCUCCGCGGAAGGAUCUGCGCCUCUUCCCAGGCCACUGGUGGCGAAUCCCAGCCCUCCUCAGGGAGGGGCCCCUUCCAAAGCCACAGUCUGUUGCGGGAACCAGGAAUGCCAGGCCAGGAGAGACCAUCUGGUCCACCCUCCACACUACCCCCAUUUUCGAGAGAGGAAAUGGAGUUGUGGAGCAACGGAGCAGCCUAACCAAAGACCUGUCAUUGCCACAGCACUCCAGUCACAACCGGCCUUGUGACAGUUUCUACUUAAACUCUGGCUGCCCCCAUGAGGGUAUGACAGGAUAUGUAACAGGCCACCACAUGGCCUCUGUUUUCAAGGCACAAGAAAAAUACUUUGCAUUCUGGGUGGUGCGUUUUACUUUUGGUCAAGUUGCCUCCAAGUUCAUGGUUCUCAUUUUACCUUCACAACGC